UCAUUAUCUGGAAACAAUAAAAAGAGGUUUGAACGGCCACAAAGUUCAAUUUUAUCUCACCAUCACUUCACCUGCAAUGGCUUCGUUACUAGGGGCAGUACCUAUGGCUGUUCAAUCCAUGGCGGCUCUUUCUCCUAAUUUAUCCUUCUCUCGUUCUCACUCAGUAGCUGGCGUGUCAAUUGCGGCAGCAACCCCUUCAGCAUCAAUUUCGUCUUUGACUCUCACCUCUUCAAACCUGCCAUUGAUUUACUGCGGCAGAGGCGAUAAGAAGACUGCGAAGGGCAAGCGCUUCAAUCACUCCUUCGGCAAUGCAAGGCCAAGGAACAAGAAGAAGGGAAGAGGACCGCCUAGGGUUGCAGCACCUCCAGCAGCUCCAAAGAGGGAUCCAUUUGAUGAUGGCCAGGUCGUUAAAAUUGAGAUUCAUGAAAACUAGUUUUCUGGGAGGGUCAAGUUCAUCUACAAUUUCUAUUUUCAUGUAGCUCUUUCUACAACUUGUUAAUUUCCUUGAGUUACCCAAAUUUAAAUGUCGAUUAGUUGCUUGUUGGACUGAGCUUUCUAGUUUGCUUGAAGGGUCUUCAUUAAA